CACUCCCGGCACUCAGUCAGUUGUUUUCCAACGUUUUUCGCGCGUUGACUGUUUUUGGUGUCCAAACGGUUAGUUGUGACGAGUGCGAUAUUAAUAUAAUUUUUGCCGAGUGCUUAAUUUUCCGAUUAGAUUUCAAGUAUUAAAAAGCUGCAUACCAGACGUCACAAGUCCGGCGGCGAUGCAUCCGGCAUUCCGUUUGAGCCAGUGACAUGGCCACGUUGUCGUCAGCUUGCACCAGUUACGUACGCCAGCAGCCCGGACAACCUUUAAAAACGCUAAACGUCACGAACGCCAUUCUCCGGACGGACAAAGGACAAGCGUCGUCGUACCGGCCACAAUGCACCGCGAAACGAAAAAGCGCCGUCGAACUAUUACAAGAAACAAAAUCACUUUACGUCAAAUCGGAAACAGUACUCGACAGGAAACAAGAACUCAGACGGAGUCUCCGAAGCAGCGGUUCUUCCGACAAGGGAUCGUCAUCGCAUGACAUAGCUUCCGGUUGUUAUAACUAUAAAGGUAACUGCUGUAAUUGGUCGAGUGGAAGUUAUACUUGUCUGCCACCACCUAAAAGCCCUCGACUAGUAGCUGGAUGUCAAAGAAAGUCCACUGCAGAUUCACAACAAUUACAAAAUGAUCUCAGACGUCUAUUGAAUACUGAUUCUAAAGAAAACUUAUUCGACGCAACUUCGGUGUUUCUUGACGAUGUCAUCGUUCCUCCACCGGUACAGUAUCGCCGAUCGAUAUCGCACGGCCAACAGCAGCAGCAGCAGCCGCAUCAAUCAUGCUGUUGUGGAUUAUCAGCCGCUUGCCACAAAUCACUUCCGGAUCUCACGGAUGCCGCGGAAACGAUUACAGAUGUGUCAACGCCGGCGGUGGCGGCAGGUCCGAUCCGCCGUUGCCGACGUUCAGUGUCUUCGGGAUCUGUAGCUGCUGGAAACGAUGAUGACGAAGAUGGCGACGAUGACAUUUUCGAAACCUCCUGCAGCAUACCAUCUCCUCAAGGAUUUGGAAACAAGUCCAGACAAGACGAAACGGACGCGGUCGCCAACGUAACCUCUUUCCCGGAUUCAUUGAGCCUAACCAGUUACAAAACGGAUGCCAGAUGGCAACAGUCUGCUCACGGAGGAACCGGAAGUUCGAUCGAAGAGGAAAAUGACGACGAAGUCGGUGGCGUUUCUCCGCGCUCGUCCGCAUCGCCCGUCAAGUCUACCGUGUCGCAUGGCCGCUGGCGGCCACAGACAGCUGGAGCGGCGACCGGUGGACAAGAACUGUCGCCCCCCGCUGUUCCGCUACGCCGGCAUCAAUUACCGACGACGACCGAUGAGUUCCGCGGUCGGCCGAUAUUACGUAGCAAGUCGGACGUGGGUCACCGGGCGCCCAAUUUGCUGAGUCUAUUGCCGGCGGCGGUGGAUAAUCCCGACGAUCGACACGAAUACGAUCCCGAUCAGUUGGAGAACUUUUUCGGUCAUCUGGGUCUCGACCCCGAGGAGUACAAGUGGAUCAUAAAAACCGAUUCGGAAACGGGCUCACAGGUAUGUUUCGGCGACUCGAACAGCUCGGUGGGCUCUGUGAGCGGCGGCAGCAACAACAACAACAACGCAAACGCCGACGGACUUUGGGAAGGCGGUGACGUUCGGAAGGACACCGAUGGCUGUGACGUAAGAACGGGUGGACCGAUCGGUGCAGGUUGUAUCGGGAAAUCCGGUGGUGGAUCGUCCUCAUCCGAAUUGCCGUCCAUCGUCGAGCGGAACGCCAGAAUCAUAAAAUGGCUGUGGAACUGCCGGAAAGCGAAUUUGCAGCAGACGUUAUUGCCACCGACGCCUUCCUCGACUUAGCACCCGGAUUUAAAUAUAAACGCGAAAACCCAAGCUCCCUCCCCGCUGCACUUUUGUCGUAUCCGUGCACCGAGCAAUCGGCUCGUGGUUUCGGUUCUGACAUAACUUGUACUACUUAUAUUUAACCACCAAUAAUUUCUACUUAUUUACAAAUCAACAUAUUGAGACCACGGUUUUAAUAUAAUAUUAUUAUUCAUAAUACAAUAUUAUAUUAUAUAUUUAUGUACCUAAUUUAAAUUUUACAACAAUAUUAUAUAUUAUGUAUACGUGAUAUUAGAAAAAAAUACUUUUACGGAUUAACCGAGUACUUCCGUCUCAUAACUUAUUGACAAUAUAUUAUUAUAUUAUAUUAAAAUAUUAAACUAUAUAUUAUAUAAAUACAUUUUGAAUUAAAUAUUAUAUAUUUUAUUAAUUUAUUUUAGAUAUUUCGAAUUUAAGUAAGAUUUUCAAAACAUAUUUAUAUAUAUUAUAUAAUAUUAUUAAAUAGGUGUUUUAAUUAUUACUGUUAUUAUUAUUGCUUAGUUAUAGGCCGUCAUCGUUAUUUUAAUAUAAUGUAUAGCAAUUCAUUUGUGUACGUUUGUACGGCCUAAUAUUAUGUACCAUCAAUGUAUUUACUAUUUAGAAUUAGGACCAAAAUAUUCUAGUCUCAAAAGUUGAAUUUUACUAUGUUAUCAUGUUAUUAUUGCGUGCGUUGGAUAUUACUUCGUGUUUUUGAAUUAUUUUUAAAUAAUUUUUAUUAUUUUAUUGUUGUACGUAUAUAGGUACUGUUUUAGAUAGGUACACGGUACGCGAGAUGAAGUAUUAAUUCAGUGCUCGAAUUUAAAAGAAAAUUAGGCGGGACAUGCAAAAGUAUAAAAAAAAAUUGUACCUAACCCCCUCCAAUUCAAGCACUGCAUACUAUAAAAUUAUUGUACGACUUUUACGUUAUAAAAAAAAAAUAUAAUACCUACAAUUUACAUUGUGUGAUUCUCUUCGUGUAAACUAUAUAAAUUUGAUUCUUGUUAAAAAUGUAUGCAUGUAUACUUAUUAUUCUGUAUAAUAUAUUAUGUACGAUAGCAAUCGAUUACUUA